AUGAUGAUGAUGUGGCAGCAGGAGCUGAUUGUCAGCAGCGGUUCUGCGCCCGGGCAGCGAGGUGGGAGCUCCUGGGGAGCAUGGGAUGAGCAAAGCUGGGGGCUGGAAGGAGCAUUUCCCACCAUGAAUGGCUUCUCCAACUGCUCUGCCAACUACACCAAGAUCUGGAGUCAUUACUUGGUGCUGGCCCUGGGGAUCCCCCAGCUCACCAUCAACGUCACCUCCGUCAUCUUCAACGGCCUCGUCAUCGUCACCCGCCUGGCCACCAGGGACCUGCACAAGCCCAUCUCCAUCCUCUUCUGCAACCUGGCAGUCUCUGACCUCUUCACCAGCUUCUCUGGCUUCUGGAUUUCCGUGCUGUUCAUCACCAACCCCGACAUCACCAUCUUUGGCUCUCAGGACAUGCUGGCUCCCUACGCCCUGUACACCACGUCCAUCCUCUCCACCAUCUACAACCAGGUGAGCAUCGGCAUCGAGCGCUACCUGGCCGUGGCCAAGAGCAUGAGGACGAGGUUCAGGGUGGCCAGGCACCACUCCAUCACCGUGGUCUUCAUCAAUUGGGUGCUGGCUUUUUUCCUGGGCUGCCUGCCACUGAUGGGCUGGAACUGCCUGCAGGCAGACAGCAGCAUCUCGGUGCUCUACAGCCCCUUCUGCGUCAGCUACCUCGUCUUCAUCACCAUGCCCAACGUGGUGGUGGCCUUCCUCGUGCCCCUCUUCACCUACCUGAGGAUCAUCCUCAUCCUGAGGAAGAGGAAGCUGAGGAUGCAGGCGUGUGGCCAAGUCAUGGGCACCUACAAGUCAGUGGAGACGCAGGUGGCCAGGACCAGCAUCUCCAUCUGGCUGCUGGCCCUGGUGUCCUACACGCCCUUCUUGGCCGGUGUCAUCUUCGAUGCCAUCAACCACAGCUGCCACACCGACCUCUACCCCGGGGCCUACAUCUUCAGGAACUGCACGGCCAUGCUGAUCACCAUCACCUGCCUGGGCAACCCCGUGCUCUACACGCUGAAAUUCAGGGCAAUGGGGGCCAAGCUGAAGGCGCUGCGCUGCCCCUCGGCCACCCGCAUGCAGGCCUGUGCCAUCGAGAACAUCUGACUGGGAAUGGCCCCAGCUCCACCACACAGGGCUCACACACUGAUGGGGUCAGAAAAAUGUGUGCAUGUGGCUGAAACCUGCAUAGAUGGGGCC